UUAUUUUGUCCUGGUGUGUUCCGCUCAUAUGGCUAAAGAUGGCGAGCGGAUCGGGGCCCGUUUCUGCUCUCUGGACCGAAAUCAACCGCUGCGGACAGAACGGCGACUUCACCAGAGCCCUGAAAGCUGUCAACAAAAUUCUCCAUGAAAAUAAGGAUGAUGUGACGGCUCUGCGUUGUAAAAUUGUCUGUCUGAUCCAAAAUGGAGGUUUUAAAGAAGCCCUGAAUGUCAUAAACACUCACACCAAAUCACUGACCAGUGAUAUGAUCGGGUUCGAGAAGGCCUACUGUGAAUACCGUCUGAACAGGGUGGAAAACGCUUUGAAAACUAUCCAGGGAAUAUCAGAACAAACGGACAAACUCAAGGAACUCUAUGGCCAAGUGCUGUACAGAUUGGAGCGGUAUGAAGAGUGUCGUGCUGUGUAUAAAGACCUCAUCAGAAACUCUCAGGAUGAGUAUGAGGAGGAGAGGAAGACUAACCUGUCAGCUGUGUUAGCAGCACAGAGCACCUGGGAGAACACGGCACCAGAGGAUCUGGGUUUACCGGAGAGCUCCUAUGAGCUGUGCUACAACCGUGCCUGCUGUCUAAUUGGUCAAGGAACGCUCAGUGAGGCCAUGAAGAAACUACAAAAGGCUGAAGAGUUGUGCAGGAAUUCUCUGGCUGAGGACUCUGAUAUGACGGAGGAGGAUGUGGACGCUGAGCUGGCUGUCAUUCACUCUCAGAUGGCUUAUGUGAUGCAGCUGCAGGGCAGAAGUGAAGAAGCACUUCAACUCUAUAAUCAAGUCAUUAAACUCAAACCGUCUGAUGUGGGUCUGCUGGCUGUAACUGCCAAUAACAUCAUCACCAUCAACAAGGACCAAAACGUGUUUGACUCCAAGAAGAAGGUGAAGUUGACCAAUGCAGAGGGGGUGGACCACAAACUGGCCAAAAAACAGUUACAGGCCAUUGAGAUCAAUAAAGCCCUGCUGGCCAUGUACACUAACCAGGCUGAUCAGUGCAGGAAGCUGUCGUCAAACUUGCAGGCCCAGAACCCCGGUAACCCCAGACCCGUUCUGAUCCAGGUGGCCUUGCUCUGCAGAGAGAAACAGCAUCAUAAAGCCAUAGAGCUCUUACAGCGGUUUUCAGAUCAGCAUCCAGAAAGUGCUACUGGAAUUAAGUUUACCAUGGCACAACUGUACUUGACGCAAGGUCAUGUGACUAAAGGCUGUGACAUCCUGAAGUCGAUAGAAGAAUAUAAAUACAAACCAGGAAUGAUUUCUGGUCUGGUCACGAUGUACACACAUGAAGAAGACAUUGACAGCGCUAUUGACGUCUUCAGUCAAGCUAUCCAGUAUUACCAGAGAGAGCAGACGGGGUCUGCAGCCCACCUCUCACUGGUGCGCGAAGCUGCGAACUAUAAGCUGAAAUACGGCCGUAAGAAAGAGGCGAUCAUUGAUCUAGAACAGCUGUGGAAACAGAACAAGAAAGACGUCUACACGCUGGCACAGCUCAUCUCCGCAUACUCGCUCGUGGAUCAGGACAAGGCCAAAGCUCUGAGUAAACACCUCCCAUCCCCGGAAACCAUGUCCUUUAAUUUGGACGUUGAUGAGCUAGAAAACUCACACGGAGCCACGUACAUCAGAAAGAAGGCUGCUAAAGUCGUCGGAGAAAGCCAACCGAAAGAACAGGGUCCAGGGGAUGUUAAGAAGAAGAAGAAAAAGAAGAAAGGUAAACUGCCCAAGAACUACGACCCCAAAUCGACCCCAGACCCUGAGCGCUGGUUGCCGAUGCGAGAGCGUUCGUACUACCGCGGCAGGAAGAAGGGCAAGAAGAAGGAACAGGUUGGCCGCGGCACACAGGGCACGACCUCUGGAGCUUCUGCCGAGCUUGACGCCAGUAAAACGGCCAGCAGUCCACCCACCUCCCCUCGACCCGGCUCAGGAACCGGCACCGCGAGCAACGCGGUGCCUCCACGGCAACAGAAACCCGCCGCGCCCGGAGCUGCUCGGAAAAAGGCCCCACAGAAGAAAAAGAAGGGAGGAAAAGGUGGAUGGUAGAGAAAUGGAGAGAUACACAAUUAGAUCUGAAAUAAAUCUCUCGUUUCUCUUUAAUUGGUUUUGAAACGCUAAAAAAAAAAGAGAUGUAACACAGAAGAGGACACCUCUAGUGGCCUGGAGGAUGAAUUGCGCAAACAUUUUUGUCAUAAAAUUCAUGAGGGGUGCAUUUUGAACAUAAUAGGGUGAGCUAUUUUUGCCCUUUGGAAUAAACAAGAAUCGUUUAAAGAGCUUAACGCUCAUACAAGCCUUUUUUUUUUUCAGCACAUUUUUACAUCCAAUCCACUGUGUAAAUGCACUACUAUAAAUCAUAGUGUCUAGGACAUUUCUUAUUUCUGUUUUAAUUUGUUUUUAAGUAAUCACACUUUCUGAUUGGUCAGUUUAUUCCUUGUCCUUGCUUGAUAAAUGUAUGCUUGAGUGUAAAACAACUUUGUGUGUCAUUGGAAAACAAUAGAGGAUGUUUGUGCGAAGUUGAGAGUGAUUUUAUUUUUAACAUUUCUGAAUAAAGCUCAACCCAAAUUAUGAUUUUGAACAAACUCUUCUCAAAGUACCUGAUGCAGAUCCCCAGUGUUAUAUCGUAAUAAAGAGAUUCCUGAAAUAAAAAAAGCAAU